AUGACCUCGCGCACGAUUCCCAGCGUCCUCGAUCCCCUCAGCUCAUCCUCGCUCAACAAGCGACGCGAAUUCACGCAUCCACCCUCCAAAAAGCGCAAAACCACACAUGAAAAUGCUGCCGGACAGAUUUCCACCACGUCAAUUGUUAUUCGAGCCCAUGCAGCCUCGCUCUCUGACGAACCACUGGUUCUGGAACCCAUUACCGCUCUCCCUCGCUCUCGACUACCAUUAAUAUGGCUCGACGACGCGUCUUCGUCCCGAUCGGACGCGCAACCGGGCGGCUUGUUCGUGACCGAUAUCCCCACCCUUGAAACAGACUUGCGGGCUCAGGCAGAACCGACGGUUCUGGCAGUACGGCUGUCCGGCAACGGUGGGCUGUAUGUGGUGGAAAGAGUGAAGAGGGGCAUCUACUCGCUGUCCAGGCUUGCUCGCUGGGUGCACGAGGGUGAUCUUCUCGUUGCGGUCAAGGGAUGGCAUGGGUCUCCGCCCACGGGGAUGGUUGCUGCUCCCGACAGUGAUAGUCCAACACCAGAUGGGCUGGACUGGUGGAAGGCUGCUCAGAUCGACGAGCCUGUCUCCGAUCUUGGUGGAUUGAGUGAUAGGACUGCUGGCCUGAAUAUUGCUAUGGUUUUUGGGCCCUCGGAUCCAGAUCCCGAACACGAUGAGACAUCUUUUGUGGAUGUGCUUGAGCAUCGAAGUCAAUCACUGGCUCCUGCUGUCAAGGGUGAUGUGGAUUCUGGGACUGCUUUCGGUCUUCUCGAUACCCAAGCCCCAGGUGAUACCGAUCCCAUGGAUGUUGAUGGCAUUGCCGACACCGACGGACUUGAGGCGCAGCAAUCCCCGGAGGAGCUGUUGAAUGGGAUGAGAGACCACUACCUGCAGGCUCUUUAUGUUUCAAAGACCUCUGUCGCCUACUUUGCUAAAGGCCCGCUGACGCGCUGCCGUGCUGCUUUCCAACCACCGGGCUCUGAACAGCCACAACAACCAACAGAACUUAUUACGUUCUACCAUGAAGCCAUCUUGGCUGCGAAGAAAAUGGACCUCAAAUACAGAGAGACUCUUCCGUCCGUUGUCCGUGAUGCCGUGCUUGCCCUCUCUGACGGCGAGGACGCGGCACCAGCCAAGAAGCGGAAAAGCAAGAAAAAGAAACUGGGCAAGAAUGGUCUUUACCCGGAGGAAGAAAGCUUCGUCCGCAGGUGGUGGAAAGGUCGGAACAUGAACGAGACAACUGCCCAAGAAAUCUCUCGCGAAGUCGAGAGUAAGAAACACAUCUCUGAUCUGCGACUACGCGAGACCCAAUUGCAGAUACUUUUGAUCCUGGAGGCCAUGGCGUUGGAGUUAAGUCCCACCGAAAAGAGCAAGGCCAACAGCGAGAAAGAGAAGGAGUCUCCCAAGAAGACCAAGGCCAAAAAACCCCAAGACCUGAGUGUGUUGCUUGAAUUGCAUCUUGAUCGACUGUGCAUUUGGCACGCUGUCAGUUCGGAGGAGUCGAACGCUGCAGACUCGGCCAAGACAUCUUCAUUCAACAGCACUCACUUGUCUGGGAAGAAAGUGGAAAGCGACGCGGUCCGAGACUUCUGUACUGAAGUGAUCAUCCCAUUCUAUGCGGCCCGUCUCCCUGACAAAUGCAAGCUGAUCACACGCAAAUUUGGUGUGUCCGGUGGUAUUUCGCCCGUUGCUAAGAAGACACAAUCAUCGACAAGCAAGACGCAACGCGUGGAGCCUGGGUCAGAAGUCAAGCGGCAGCAACCGGCACUGAAAUCUCGUCGCUCGCUGCAUCGGGUAUUAACCGAUGAGAAAGUGGCAUCGGUCCGACACCCAUCACUGAACAGGUCGAAGACUGCCCCCUCACAACAAGAGAUUAAGCGUGAUUCGAUGGAACCACUGCUACCUGCGGUUUUGAGCGGUAGUGUUCGGGGCGGCAUUCAAAAGGCGAAGCGUGCUGAGAACCGCGAAGUGGACCUGAAUGCGGUGGCACGACAACAUGAGACAAAACUAAUAAAGGUGCAGAUGCUGGUGGAUCAAAAAAAGGAACUGGAUGCCGCUAUCCACGCUCUUCGAAAGCCAAACCGAGAGCUAGUCGCCAAUGAUAUCGCUGAGGAUGCGACUAAGCGGGUCUCAACGGGAGGAGGGAGCUCUCGGAAGCCAAAGAACCCCGUACGGAACCCGAAUGGCCAAGGUGUGCAAGUUAUGGCCACUCCUCGAAGAAACCGGAAGAAGGAUGCGGUGGUGGACUUGCCUCCGCUGCCUCGUAGUCUCGCCCCUUCACGGUCUUUUGCAGGGGAGAUGCCGGAUGGUCUUGUGGCUGAGUCCUCUCCCAUGACGGUUCCUUCCUCGAUUCGGCGGGCUGUCUCGUUUUCUGGUGCUGAUUCUAGCCCAUUCCAAUAUCGCGAUGCUGCCAACCACGAGUCGCACUGUCAGCCAUCCCACGCGGACAACGGAUGCAUCCAAGGAACUCCAUCCAGGGCCCCGUCCAAGCUGUUCCAGACUCACAUCAACGAUCCACCCUCCGCAUCAUCCAAAGGCAAGGGACUCUUUCGCGUUCCCAAUCUGCCCGCACCUCGUUCUGCGACAGUUCUCUCUGCGCAGCAGACAGGACCAACCACACCCGUCUCUUCGCGUCACAAGGACAUGUCCGCAUCUUCCUCCCAAAACCUGCGCAGCGCUUUUGAGAAUGCUAAAUCCGCGGUCGUCAUGGAUACACCUCCGAAGCAGCGCGACCAGGCAAGCUCGAUGGCUGCUGCCAGUUUUGUUCCCUCCCCCGCCGGUGUAAAAGUCGGUAUCCCUAGCCCAACUCGUGUCGGUUUCAGGCCAGCUGAAAUAGGUACCCCGGUGAAGGGCGCUGUAACUGUGCCGGUGACACCGGAGAAGUCGGAGAACAUUUAUGCGCAGUUGGGCUGGGAUGAUGAUGAGAUGGAUCUAUAG